UUUCUCGUUCUUCAACGGCCAGGGAGGAAGACAACGACUGGGUGGAGCGAUGGUGUCGUUGAAGCUUCAGAAAAGGCUUUCGGCCAGUGUUCUCAAGUGCGGGAGAGGGAAAGUCUGGCUGGAUCCUAAUGAGGUCAACGAAAUCUCCAUGGCCAAUUCAAGGCAAAACAUAAGAAAGCUGGUGAAGGAUGGAUUCAUUAUCAGGAAGCCAACGAAGAUCCACUCUCGCUCGCGUGCACGCCGGAUGAAGGAGGCCAAGAGAAAGGGACGUCACUCUGGUUAUGGUAAACGGAAGGGUACAAGGGAGGCAAGGUUGCCAACCAAGAUUCUCUGGAUGAGAAGGAUGCGCGUGCUGAGGCGGUUGCUCCGCAAAUACAGGGAAGCAAAGAAGAUUGACAAGCAUAUGUAUCAUGACAUGUACAUGAAGGUGAAGGGUAAUGUUUUCAAGAACAAGCGUGUGCUAAUGGAAAGCAUCCACAAAUCAAAAGCUGAGAAAGCGAGGGAGAAGACAUUGUCUGACCAAUUCGAGGCUAAACGGGCUAAGAACAAGGCAAGCAGGGAGAGAAAAUUCGCUAGGAGGGAGGAACGUUUGGCUCAGGGACCUGUGGAGCGAGCCCCACCAGCAGCUGUUCCUCAAGCAACUGAGUGAGUCUUCAAGAAAACUAAGAAGUGAGAAUUCAGGGACGGCUUCCAUUCUUAAAAGUUGGUUUUGGUGCACUUUUUCUCAAAUUUCCCUCCUUAUCCUGUUCUUUUGUUUGUUCUUCUAUAACAUAUAUUCUAGAGAAGAGAAGAGAAUACAAUUUGAUAUUUGGAAAUUAAUUUAUUUUUAGCUGUAGCUACU